AUGAGGACGGCGGUCCUUUUUGGACGAUUCUGUCUCAGAUGUGGCGGUAAUCCGCAGCUAGCCUCCCGCAUUGUUCCUCCGCCGCGGUUGCGCAUCAGCCGUGUACCAUCAUGGACUCAAGGACAAUGGGGCCGAUCACGAAGGAAAGCCCCCAUCGCGGGGACGUUACUACUUGCCUCGCUAUCUCCCGGCGCCUUUUUGAAGCUCGCAGAGAAGGGUGAUGGGGGUGAGAAGACGGGCGAAAUGCAGAUGCUCGAGGUGUCGCGCCAAGAGAUCCGGAAGACUGUCGCAGAGGAUGCGCGAGGGCUCACCAGGGUGCGACAGAGGCUGUUUGUCUUCUGGUACUAUUAUAUCUACGAUCCUAUUGCGACGGGCUUCAGAUUUGUCCAUUUGGCGGUCGUCUUCCUACCCGUCAUCCUCACCAUCCCAGCUGUCUGGCUAGGGAAACGAAUCCAAGGCCGCAAGGAUGUUCGCACAGGCACGCUGUGGUGGUAUCGCUUUCUGGUCAGGUCGAUGGAGCGUGCCGGGCCGGCUUUUAUCAAACUCGGACAAUGGGCUGCCUCUCGCACCGAUAUCUUCCCUCCGGAAAUGUGUCAGAUCAUGUCUUCUCUGCACUCUAAUGCACCUGCCCAUUCUCUCCAUGACACCAAGAAGACCAUUGUCAAAGCCUUCAAUGGGAUGCGAUUUGAGGAUAUCUUCGAGGAGUUCUACGAGGAGCCCCUUGGAGUCGGUGCCAUUGCGCAGGUGUACAAGGCAAAGUUGAAGCCAAAUCUCGCGGAGGCGGACAGCAAGCUCCUCACGGGUGAACCGCAAAGCCUGCGUGAACGGGUCCGAAAGAACGUCGAUGUCCUGGUGAAGAGCAGCCCCCGGCGCGUCCCGUCGUCCUACGUGGCCAUCAAAGUGCUACACCCCAAGGUGGAACGCGUGAUCCGUCGAGACCUCAGGAUCAUGUCGUUCUUCGCGACCCUGAUCAACGCAAUCCCCACGAUGCACUGGUUGUCUUUGCCGGACGAAGUCCACCAGUUUGGGGAAAUGAUGAAACUGCAACUGGACCUCCGGAUCGAAGCCUCCAACCUUAAUAAGUUCCGCAAGAACUUCAGGUCCCGGACCACUGCGUGGUUCCCUUUUCCCUACAUGGAUUAUACGACGCGCGAGGUGCUCGUGGAAGAAUUCGCCCAUGGCAUCCCGCUGUCCACGUUCCUGGAAGUGGGAGGCGGCGACUACCAGCAAGAGAUUGCAAGUGAAGGACUAGACGCCUUCCUUCACAUGCUCUUGAUUGAUAACUUUGUUCACGCUGACCUCCACCCGGGCAACAUCAUGGUUCGCUUCUACCAGCCCAGCGAACUGGACAUUUCUCUCCGCAAGCCGGACCGCGCCUCGGACGCCCCAACCGCUGCCGAAGCAGACGUCACCGAGACUAUACUCUCUCGACUGCGUCCGCAUGCUCAUGAUCCAAAGGAGUGGGAGAAGGCGCUCAACCAGUUGAACGCGGAGGGGUAUCGCCCGCAAUUGAUCUUCAUCGACACCGGCCUGGUCACCGAGCUGAACAACACCAACCGCAGGAACUUCCUCGAUCUGUUCCGUGCUGUCGCAGAGUUCGACGGGUACCGCGCAGGCCAGCUCAUGGUCGAACGGUGUCGCCAACCAGACGAGGUGAUCGACCAGGAAGUGUUUGCGGAACGAAUGGGUAACCUCGUCCUCAGCGUCAAGACAAGAACAUUCGCAUUGGGCAAUGUGAAGAUCGGAGAUAUCCUCAGCAAGGUGCUCUCCAUGGUCCGCGACCAUCACGUACGACUUGAGGGUGAUUUCGUCAACGUGGUCAUCUCCAUACUCCUGCUCGAGGGGAUCGGACGGACCCUGGACCCGGAUCUUGAUCUCUUCAAGAGUGCUCUUCCUAUUCUGAGAGCCCUUGGCUCCAGCCAUACGUUCUUGGAGAAUAUCCGAUCGGGCGACACGUCCAUGCUGCGCGUGUGGGUUGGUCUGGAAGCGCGUGGCCUCCUUCGAGCCAGCAUUGAGAGCGUCGAACAAUGUGUCAAAUACGAUCUCUUAUCUCCCAAUAUCUAA